GUUUUAGCUAGAUGCAUAAAGUCAAAUGUCUUCGAAGGCUGUUUACGAAGAGUCCGCCAAGGCGAUCAUAUACCAUUCUAUUUGUUACUCUAAGCUUGCGAAAAACCCACUUCGCGUAGUUAAAACAAGUGAGGAUCUUUGUUUAGCGACCGAUGAGUGGAUAUUACACAACAAUCUUGUUAGUAAGCCCGAUGUCCUUAUAAAACGCAGAGGAAAAUUGGGGCUAGUUUUCGUAGGCCUCAAAUGGGUGGAUUUACAGAAGGAAAUAAAAAGUUUGUUGGGGAGUAAAUUCACGAUUGGUUCUACCUGUGGAAUUUUGGAUCGCUUCCUUAUUGAACCAUUUGUGCCACAUGAACAGCAAGAAGAGUACUAUCUAUGUAUGUACACACAAAGAAAUUCAAACGUUAUUCUUUUUCAUCAUGUUGGUGGAGUAGAUGUGGGUGAAGUCGACUCUAAGGCUAAACGUUUUGAAGUUUCAGUUGAAAGUAUUAUGAAAUCUGAUUCUGGAAUGAAAGCUGGUUGUUCUGCUGACCAAUUAUUGCAAAGUUCAUUACUUUCAGGAGUAAAAUGUCCAAAGCGCGCACGGAUGCUAGCUGAUUUCAUUGUUGAACUGCAUGCAGUUUUUGACAAAUUAUACUUCACCUAUUUAGAAAUCAAUCCAUUAGUUAUAUGUAAAUGGAAUAUGAAUGUAAACGAAGUUAGUGAUUGUAAUAAUCAUGUCAAUAAUGAUACCAACGAACAAUUAUACAUUCACAUAUUGGAUGUAGCUGCGAAAUUGGAUCAAUGCGCAGAACAUUUGUUCACUUCAAGCUUGGAAUGGUCAGUAAAUGGGAAAAUGUUGGAAUUUCCUUUUGGUUUUGGUAGAACUGAAACUAAAGAGGAAGCUUACAUCGCGAAAUUAGAUGCUCGAACAGGUGCAUCGUUAAAGUUAACCGUACUCAAUCCAAAUGGUCGUAUUUGGACAAUGAGUGCGGGUGGUGGAGCUUCAGUGAUUUAUGCUGAUACAGUAUGUGAACUAGCUGAGAAAAUCAAAGCAGCUGGUGGUGCCAGUCAAGGUGCAAAAGAUUUAGCUAAUUAUGGUGAAUAUUCUGGAGCACCAUCAGAGGAAUUAACUUAUGAAUAUUCAAAAACGAUCCUAACCUUGAUGACCACUGGGGAACCUCAUCCAGAUGGUAAAGUUCUAUUGAUUGGUGGAGGAAUUGCAAAUUUCACUAAUGUUGCUGCUACAUUCAAAGGUAUUGUACGUGCUUUGACAGAAUUCAAAGAACAAUUGCAAAAUCAUAAUAUACGUAUAUUUGUCCGUCGUGCUGGCCCCAACUAUCAGGAGGGUCUUCGUGUAAUGCGUGAAUUGGGUUGUAAUAUCAAUAUUCCAAUUUAUGUGUUUGGACCUGAAACUCAUAUGACUGCUAUUGUAUCAAUGGCAUUUGGUUUACGUCAAAUACCUUCACCUAAAACGAAUAAAAUUCAAUCAUCUUCAGAUACUCUGUCAUUGUACAGUUUCAAUGGUUCUAGUUGUGAACAUAAGAACUCAGAAAAAGUGACAUCAAUGGUGAACGGUCAAAAUCCCAAUGUUUCUGAGUCCUCUGCUGCCAACACUACUGGUGAUAACAAUCAUGAGAUUAUUUAUGAAGAACCACUUUUCACAGCGAAAACAAAAUGUUUAAUAUGGGGUUUACAAGUGAAAGCUGUUCAGUCGAUGUUAGAUUUUGAUUAUGCUUCGGGUCGUGACACUCCAAGUAUAGCAGCUCUGAUUUAUCCUUUCAAUGAUGAUCAUCAAUUGAAAUUUUAUUGGGGUGGAAAAGAAUUAUUUAUACCAGUUUAUAAGCAUAUGUUGAAUGCAAUGCAUAAACAUUCAGAUGCUCGUAUAUUAGUGAAUUUUGCUUCAUUACGCGUUGCUUAUGAUAUAUGCAUGCAAGCUAUGCAAGUUGAUCGUAUUGUUUCAUUGAAUCAUCAAGUGAAUGGAAUAGUGAAUGGUGACAUUCAAAACAUGAAUAAUAAUGGUUUAUUGGUUAAUGAAGCACAAAUAAAGUGUAUUGCUAUUAUUGCUGAAGGUAUACCAGAGAAUAUGACACGUUGUUUAAUACAACGAUCGAAAGAAAGAAAUAUUCUACUUAUUGGUCCAGCAACUGUAGGUGGUUUAAAAGCUGGUUGUUUUAAAAUUGGUAAUACCGGCGGAAUGACCGAUAAUAUACUUGCAUCAAAACUUUAUCGACCUGGAAGUGUUGCUUAUGUUUCACGUUCUGGUGGAAUGUCCAACGAAUUGAAUAAUAUUAUUUCAAUGAAUUCUGAUGGUGUCUAUGAAGGUGUAGCAAUUGGUGGUGAUCGUUUUCCUGCUUCAACAUUUAUUGAUCAUAUUCUACGAUAUGAAAAUAAUCCAGAAAUCGGUAUGAUUGUUGUCUUAGGUGAAGUUGGUGGUGUAGAAGAAUAUGCAAUUAUUGAAGCAGUUAAAUUGGGUAAAAUUAAAAAACCAAUUAUAGCAUGGUGUAUUGGUUCAUGCGGUGAAUUAUUAAGUGCUACAACAAAUACUGAAGGAUCUAUUCAAUUUGGUCAUGCUGGUGCAUGUGCUAAUUCUAUGCAUGAAACAGCUACAGCAAAAAAUCAAGCAUUAGCUAGUAUUGAUGGUAUACAUGUACCAGAAUCAUUUGAUGAAUUAGAUCUUUUAAUUAGGCGUGUUUUUGACGAACUAGUAAGAAGUGGUCAAUUAAUACCGAAACCUGAUCAUCCACCCCGUAUUGUUCCAAUGGAUUAUGCAUGGGCUAAAGGUGAUAGAUUUGGCGGUGCAUUGGAUGCUGCAGCACGUCAAUUUUCACAAGCUUAUGAUGCUGGUUUAACACCUGCACAAUUUGUUAAUCAAGAACGUCAAGCAUCACGUCUUAUCAUGGGUAUUGGACAUCGAAUUAAAUCAAUAACAAAUCCAGAUAAACGUGUUCAAUUAUUAUCAAAUUAUGUACAUGAACAUUUUGUAGCAACACCGAUUGUUGAUUAUGCAUUUGAAGUUGAGAAAAUUACCACUAAUAAGCGCCCAAAUUUAAUUUUAAAUGUUGACGGCAUGAUUGGUACAGCAAUGGUGGAUUUGUUAAGAAGUUCCGGCUGUUUUACACCUGAAGAAGCUGAAGAGUAUAUCACUAUUGGAACAUUGAAUGGCUUGUUUGUUCUGGGUCGAUCAAUCGGAUUUAUUGGUCAUUAUUUAGAUCAGAAACGUUUACAUCAAGGCUUAUAUCGUCAUCCAUGGGAAGAUAUCUCUUAUCUAUUACCAAAAUCAUCAUAGUUUUAAUCAAAUCGUCAUUUUCUAUGAACAUUCAACACAAUUAACAUUGAUUCUUCACAAUUUAUUUAUCAUUCUUUUUAUUAAUAUCAAUGGGAAUUUUAAAUUCAUUCGGUUUUUUCUUUGAUUUUAUAUAUAUGCAUAUAUUACCAUGAAAAUUGAAGAAAAAUUUCAAAAAAAGGUGUUUUUCUUUUCUUCUAAAAAGAAAAACUUUUUUUUCCAUUGAUUAAACUCUAUUUAUUAAUAAAUAUACGGUUGUGAACGUCCAUAUUUUUGUCAUUGUAUUCAAUACUACUACUACUACUACUUACUACCCUACUUACUUACUUACUUAUCCAUUCAAUUUAGUUACUUUCAACUUUUAAACAUUUUUAUUUUUUAAAAUGAAAUCAUCCAGGUGGAAGUUGGUUGUUUUAUUAUGCAUUUCACUUAUUCAUCAUUGUGUGUUUAUCCAGUUUUCUGAACUUGUCCAACAUUCCAUCCAAUUUGCCCCGUCUUGUCUAUUUAUCGAAUGUGUUUCAAUAUUGCCCCCAUGGAAUUUUUAAAAUAUUUUAGCCUUUCUUUUCUUCAAAGUUAUUCACUACUCAUAUACAUACACAUUGCAUGUAAAAUGCUCACACACACACACACACACACCCAUACACACAUGCAUUUGUUAGUUAGUACACUGAUAGCCAUCAUCAUCAUCAUCAACACACAUCAGAAUGGUUGUGGUCUCUUGAAAUGGUUGUGAAUACUAUUUAUUAUUAUUAUUAUUAUUAUUAUUAUUAUUAUUAUUUUUAUUAUUACUACGAUUGAUAGAAUUUCUAUUCUGAUUAGUAAGCUGUUUGUUUUUCUACAUGUUUGUUUUUAUUUACAAAAGAUUUUAACUUAUAUUCAUCAGUUUGACAGUUUGUUUUUCUCUUGUUUAUCUAUCCUAUUGAAUGAAUCAUUAGAGUUGGAGAUAAACUUUUUAUUUUAUUUUUUCCAUUCUAUGCACUAUAAACUUUCUUCUUCUAUGAAUAAGUAUAUUUAUUUAUUUGUUAAAGGAAAUGGUGUUGAACAAGUACUGUCUCCCCCCUCUCUCUCUCUCUCUAUCUCUCUCUAGUUCUUUCUAUCACAUAAUCAUGUAUGAGAGUUUGAUUAAAUGAUAACCAUUGAGGAUACAAAUACAUAUAUAUAUGUAUCACUUUCUCAUCUAAAUCUCUCCUUGGCUACUUUUCAUUCACUUUGCUAGUUAUUAUUAUUAUUGUAAUCCCUAAAUGAUUUGCGCCGUUUUAUUUAUUGUUGCCAUUGUUCUUCUUCUCUUCUUGUUCUCUUCUCUGUUUUUUCUAUUUUCCCAUUUGAAUUUUUUUUUUGGUUAUUAAAAAGUAGUAUUAUAAUAAAUUAUUUAUUAAUUAGUAA